AGGGGGCGCGGGGGGACGGCUGCAUGGACAGGAGCGCGCAGUCGACCCAGCACGUCCCUCUCUCUCUCUCUCUCUCCCUCUCUCUCUCUCUGUGUGUGUGUGUGUGUGUGUGUGUGUGUGUGUGUGUGUUGUCCCCUGCUGCCGCUUGGCCCCAGCACACUCGGCCCCAUGUCCGGCCCCAUGUCCGGCCGCAGGGUGGGCUUCUGCCUCAGCGACAAGAAGCGCAGGAGGAUGAACCUGGACGCGUUUGCAGAGUUCUGGCCCAUGGAGUGGAAGUGGUGGAGAUUGACCUCACUCAGCCGCUGACGCCACAGGGCCCCUUCAAUGUCAUCGUUCACAAGCUGUCCGACGUCAUCGUGGAGGCUGAGCACGACAGCCAAUCGCAGCAGCUGCUCGCCAACUUCCAGAGCUACGUGUCAUCUCAUCCCGGGACCGUUCUUCUCGACCCGCUGCCUGCGAUGACCCAGCUGCUCGACCGCUUCGCCUCGUACGGGAUCAUGAGCAAGUUGCACAAUUCGCUCCGAGACUGGCGUAUCUGCAGUCCUCCUUACCUAGAGGUCCACAGCGCCGCGGACCUGUCCUCCAUCGAGCAGACUGUGACGACUCGGGGCCUCAGCUUUCCUCUCAUUUGCAAAACUAGAGUGGCACACGGUUCACUGUCCCAUGAGAUGUCUCUGAUCUUCAGCGCGGGCAGCCUGGCUGACAUCCAUCCUCCCUGCGUGCUCCAGAGCUUCGUCAACCACGGGGCCGUCCUGCACAAGGUCUUUGUGGUGGGAGACAAGUACUUCUGCGUAGAGAGACCCUCACUCAAGAACUUCCCCUCCGGCCCCUGUGACAGGAAAACCAUCUUCUUCAACAGUCAUCAGGUGUCCAAGCCAGAGUCGAGCUCCGACCUCACGGCUCUGGAUGAGCAGAUGCCGUGCUUGCCUCCUCCCAGCUCCCAGGCCGUGGCCGCCCUGGCCAGCGAGCUCCGGGUUCAGCUGGGCAUGGCCCUGUUCGGCGUGGACGUCAUCAUCAACAUACACACCCACACCCUUACCGUCAUCGACAUCAACAUCUUCCCAGGGUACGAGGGAGUGCCCCAGUUUUUCUCCUCACUUCUCAGCCACAUCAAGUCAGUGUUAGACGCACAGACCUCCGCUCGCCCCCCGGCGAGCUUCUCCCCUCAGACAACACAGACUACAGGUGGUCCGUCUGCCGGCCUGUAAGCCGCCUCGGGAGGCCGUGUGCCUCAUCAGCCUCCAAGCUUCUUCUUUUCUUUUUUUUUCUGACAAGUUGUUGAUCAUUUGUAACGUAGCUCUAAUCAACACUAAAGUGAUUCUCUUCUACAAGUCGACACACCAAGCGGACGACACACAGCGGUUUGAACCCCUCUCUUUUUAUUGAUUGACAGUUAGCAUAGAAGAAGAUACAGCAGGCACAAAAUACAGCACUCUGAUUGGCCGGUAAUAUUACAAAUGAUGUUUCUGUUCAUUUCCUACAUCUGUCGUCUUGCUUUUUUGUAAGAUACAUUUUGGUGGAAACAUUUUGUACUUCUCUAUAAAAAGAAAUCUAUAGUACAUUCAUUUUUUAUUAUUAUUAAUUUAUUCCCAAGAGAUCACACAUCAACUCGCCUCUUCGGAAUCGACAGCAACGAGCUCAUCGAUGAUUUGUUGUCUAUUACUAAGUUGUUGUUUAAAUACACAAAUGUAUUGUAAAUCUUGGCUGUGUAGAAAAGAAAAGAGAGAUUAUAUUUGCUAGGUGAGAACGACACGAUGCACUUUGAUUAAAUAUUCAUGAAUACAUGAAA